AACUGCUUCGGCUUCGAAGUGUUGCCGAAGUAGCGUUUUUUGAUAGAGCCGGUAAAGAAGUUUCUUCGCCUCCUUCGUCGACGUCGGAUCGGUAGUCUUCGCUCGCUGCGAAGGUAACCAUCGUUCUCGUUUUGCGCGCUUCUUUGGUCAAAUCCCGUAAAUCCGCCGAACUCUGGGAUUUAUGACAUAAAGAGGGGCAGCAGAAGAACUCUAGAGGAGAGGAACAGCUGGAAGAAUGAGUAAGUUGCAAAGUGACGUUUUGAGAGAAGCCAUCACUCAGCUUUCCAAUGAUUCUCGUGAGAAGAAGCGUAACUUCACGGAAACCAUUGAGCUGCAGAUUGGGCUGAAAAACUAUGAUCCUCAGAAGGACAAGCGUUUCAGUGGUUCUGUGAAGCUUCCUCAUAUUCCUAGGCCCAAAAUGAAGGUUUGUAUGCUUGGUGAUGCCCAACAUGUUGAAGAGGCUGAGAAAAUUGGGUUGGAUUGGAUGGAUGUUGAAGCAUUGAAGAAAAUGAAUAAAAAUAAGAAGCUUGUUAAAAAAUUGGCUAAGAAGUAUCAUGCCUUCUUGGCUUCUGAGGCUAUAAUCAAGCAAAUUCCUCGUCUUCUUGGCCCGGGUCUCAACAAAGCUGGGAAGUUUCCUACACUUGUUAGUCAUCAGGAAUCCUUGGAAUCAAAAGUUAAUGAAACUAAAGCUAUGGUUAAAUUCCAACUAAAGAAAGUCCUCUGUAUGGGCGUUGCAGUGGGUAAUUGCGGAAUGGAGGAGAAGCAGAUAUUUCAAAAUGUUCAGCUCAGUGUGAAUUUCCUUGUUUCUCUUCUGAAGAAAAACUGGCAAAAUGUGAGGUGCUUGUAUCUGAAGAGCACGAUGGGAAAGCCUUACAGAGUCUUCUAAAUUAUUUUUAUUCGCCGAUUUAGACGUUGAAUGAACUAGCAGAUUCUGGAAUUAAGCUUAUCUUAUUGUUCUUUAGAUUAUUUUCAUGUGGCCGAUGUUUUACUAUCUAUUUGUUAACAUAAGAUUUUGGUUUUGUCCAAGUUUUAUGUUGAUUCUGUUUUCUCUGCAUUUUAAUGGGUAUCGAUUGUCGAGCUUGAAA